CCCCCCCAAAAAACACGAAAUAAGUUGCUCAUGUUGGGCCACAAUAAAUUUGGAGUAGUCCAUUACACUAACGUGUAGCCUCAAAUAUAGAACAAAAAGGAAAGUGUGAAAUUAUGGUUAACCUAUUUUACGUGUAUUUACAUUGAUAACGUGAAAGGAACCCAUAAUUAUAAGUGUGGCCAGGAAAAAGAGCUUGACACCCAUGAUUCAACUCUACCCACCCUUUGUACUGUAACAAGUUUAACGCGGAUCGUGGAAUCGUAGCAAACGUAUUUCGUCUCAGUGCAGUUGCUAGCUAGCUAUCAAAGAUGGCCGAACAAUUGCUGUCCAUGGCAGUUAGUAGAUUUGACACCCCCCUUUUAAGCAAUUUGAGCACGUCGACUCUAAACCUGGAGGGUUAUACUCGUCUGCGCGUUCCGUGGGGACAUUGUGACCCAUAUGGUUACGUAGAAAACAAAACAAGACCAUAAGCUGUACACUGAUCACGACAGAACGGGGAGUAACCUCUCAUGGCUAAAAAUAUUUUGUGACACUGCUUUUUGUUUUGUAUUAAGUAGAAAAUACUUGGAAAGUAACAUAAAAGUAAACAUCGUAAAAAUGUUUGAUAAAUCAAUUACGUUUUGGCCUAAUUUCAAUUCUAUGUAAAGCCUUUGAUUGGAAUGUCGACCUCUCCAACAUGGCCGUCAGGUACGCACGUUGUUUUCCCUUGUUGCUACAAGAUGAAUCUUAGCUCUGUGGCUGGCGCGCCAGAAAUGCUAUUAGGAAGAACACGAGUAGGAUUCCAACGCAGCCUUGACACAGAGCCGCGACAUCAAAUGGACGACAGCCACAGAAGGUUCUUGCAGGCGAUGAUGCGCAGGGGCAUUGUUGACGAACCAACUGCAAAGCAACUCCAUCAGCAUUGUUGUAGUAUCCAAAAUACCAUUUAUGCCUCGGACCAAUUUGAUGAAUAUAUUGAUACCAUCAACUCUAAUCUGGAGCCCAUAUUCAUGCAGAUUCGAAAAGGAAUGUGUGAAGACAGCGGACUGCAACACUAUGCUUUGGUAAACAUGAUUGAAACGGAUGUCACCAGAAUGACGUCUGACUACGCCGAUCAUGAACUGGAGAUUUUCCGGAAAAUAAUGGACCUGGUCGUGGAUUCCGACACUGGCAGGGCCUACUCCACUGAAAUUCUCAAUUCUACUGUCACCCUGCCCCAAAAAACAAAGAAGACAGAGAUAGAACAGCUGCUAAAUCGAUUUGUGCAUGACAAUUGGCUCACUGAGAAAGAGGGAGUGUACUACUUAUCCACCAGAUGUAUCAUUGAGAUGGAGCAAUACAUUCGCAAUAUGUAUCAGGACCAGAUCAAAGUGUGCCGCAUCUGUCGCAACAUUGCAUUCCAGACCCAAGUGUGUGAGAAUCCAACAUGUGGCGUAAAAAUGCACAAACCAUGCAUGGCCAGAUUCUUCCGAGGAACGACAGAGCCUCGGUGCCCCGCUUGUAAAGAUGUUUGGACACAUGAGAUCCCCGAAAUCAAGGAACCUCACUCAGAAUCCAGCAAUUGAAGACCUCAGGAUCAUGUGUUUGUGAACAACGUUGUAUAUUUUUAAAUAAAUCUCAGCUUUAUUGGCCAAGUAUGUUACAAGACAAGGAAUUUGUCUCUGGUAGAUGGAUUCGCUGUAGUAUGAUGACAAUGACAAAAUGGUAUAUU